AUGGCCAAAAGUGAACCACCCCAGCCUAAGCCAGUCACGAUCGCAGACGUGCAUCAGAUCGCGAAGGCGCGUUUACCUCGAGCUGUGUUGGACUACUACACAACCGGCGCAGAUGAUGAGCACACCCUCGAACGUAAUCAUGCAGUAUUUAGAGAGCUAUUACUGCGUCCACAGGUGCUCCGUAAUGUAUCAAAAAUCGAUACCUCAACUACUGUGCUCGGAAAACGCUACGACAUUCCUAUUGCGAUAGCGCCGAGCGCAUACCAAAAACUUGCUGGCGGCGAAGGCGAGCUUGACGUUGCUCGCGCGGCGUACAACCUGGGAACCAACCUCACACUGUCUACCAACGCAACAACAUCCCUCGAGGAUGUCGCAAAAUCACUUCCCGACCGUGGUGCCGAAUACCCCAAGCCAUGGUUCCAGCUCUACUUCCUUGGUGCCCGAGAUCUUACGGCCGGCUUAAUUAAACGUGCGGAGGAGGCAGGCUAUGAAGCCCUCGUUCUGACCGUCGAUACAGUGGUGCUGGGAAAUCGGCUUCAAGAACGUAAGACACCGCUCUCCCUACCUCCAGGUAUCGCCAUGGCAAAUCUUGCCUCGCGGAGAGUUGGCGCAAUCUCCAAAGCUGGUAUGCUCCUUCGCGCGGAAACAGCGGCAGAGUACAACAAAAUUGUAGAAGACCAUUACGACUCCCUUGUCGACGCGAGUCUGGAGUGGAAUGAGGUCAUUCCCUGGCUUCGCUCACAGACUAUAAUGAAAAUUAUCCUGAAGGGUAUCAUAACAGCCGAGGAUGCCCAGAGAGCUGUUGAAGCUGGCGUGGAUGCUAUUGUUGUUUCUAACCAUGGUGGUCGUCAGCUGGAUGAUGUGCCUGCGACUCUGGAGGCGCUGCCUGAAGUUGCGGAUAUUGUAAGGGGCCGGAUACCUGUCAUAUUUGAUGGAGGCAUUACUCGGGGUAGUGACAUCUUCAAGGCACUUGCACUGGGUGCCGACCUGUGUCUUAUUGGAAGAACGGCAUUGUGGGGUCUCGCCUGGGAUGGACAAAAAGGUGUUGAGGGAGUGCUCCAUAUUCUUGAACGGGAACUUUCACGAACAAUGGCAUUGAUGGGCACGGCAAGUCUGAAGGAUAUUUCAAGGGGCUUGCUUGGCCGUGCAAGAAAGGAUGGGUUUGGGGUUGCGAAAUUGUAG